UCAGCGGCGUCGGUGCCUGCGCCAGCGCAGCAGCGUAUAGUCGGCGGCCGACCCACCACAGUCAACAAGUACCCGUUUGCUGCGAACAUCCAAAUCAAUGAGUUCGGCAUAGUAUGGGACUCCGCAUGUGGAGGUUCCUUGAUCAGUGCCACCGCUGUGCUGUCCGCUGCUCAUUGCUUCGGUUUUCCAGCCAGGUCAUACGGCGUUCGACUUGGAAGCUCUUCCGCUAUCAGCGGAGGAACCGUCUACAAUGUGGCUUCAUACGUGCGCCACCCAGAAUAUACCAAUCUUGUCGAGAAUGACGUGGCGAUACUGAAACUGGCCAGACCUGCAAUAUUCGGUGACGUAGUAAGAGCUGCUAGCAUCCCAGCACGUGUAUACCCGAUAGCAGACGGGACUGAAUUGACUGCGAUUGGUUGGGGAAUUUUGAAUUCUGGAGGUACUGGGCCGGAAAUCCUGCAAGAGGUCCAGUUUAACAAAGUCAACACGGCGGUUUGUGCCGAACGCUACAGAGCUCUACACGCUAACACAACUCUUGAGAAUCGUAAAGUCACCGAUAGAAUGUUAUGCGCUGGCGGCGACGGCGGCAAGGCUACUUGCAGUGGAGACUCGGGGGGUCCCAUCUUAAUAAAUGGCGAUAUUGUAGUUGGAAUCGUCUCUUGGGGCCACCCUAAUUGCUUCGAGCCGAUGUACCCUAGCGUCAACUCACUCGUCAGUGCCUUUAGUGACUGGAUCGUUGAAAAUGCUUCUUAGAUACGAAUCUUCUGCGUUAUACAAAUAAAUACGUGAUAAUUAAA